UAUGAACAGCCCUACACACACACUCUCUCUCUCUCUCUCUCUCUCUCUGUUGCAAGCUCUGCUACACCAAGUCAGUAAGAAAUGAGCAGCCGAGCGAGCCGGACGCUCUACGUUGGCAAUCUUCCUGGGGAUAUUCGUCUGAGAGAAGUUGAAGAUUUGUUUUUCAAGUAUGGGCCCAUAGUUGACAUUGAUCUGAAAGUACCUCCAAGACCGCCGGGUUAUGCUUUCGUUGAGUUUGAAGAUCCCCGUGAUGCCGAAGAUGCAAUUAAUGGUCGGGACGGAUAUAAUUUUGAUGGCUGUUGCUUAAGGGUUGAACUCGCACAUGGAGGUCGAGGAUAUUCAUCAUCAGCUGAUCGUUAUAGCAGUUACAGUAGCAGUAGCCGUGGGGUUUCCAGGCGUUCGGACUAUCGUGUGCUGGUGACUGGAUUGCCUUCUUCUGCUUCGUGGCAAGACCUGAAAGAUCACAUGCGGCGUGUUGGUGAUGUCUGUUUUUCUCAAGUCUUUCGUGAUCGUAGGGGUAUGACGGGAAUUGUGGACUACACAAACUAUGACGAUAUGAAAUAUGCUAUCAGGAAACUUGAUGACUCUGAAUUUCGAAAUGCCUUUUCUCGGACGUAUAUUCGGGUGAGGGAGUAUUAUUCAAGGCGAAGCUACUCCAGGAGUCCCAGUUAUGAUUCGAGGAGGAGCUACUCUAGAAGCCCUAGUUGCAGUCCAUAUAGAAGCCGUAGCCCUAGUUACAGCUAUGGCUAUCGUGGCCGCAGCAGAAGCCUUUCACCAAGGGGAAAAUAUUUACAUCACUCUCCGCCAGUAUCUGUAUCAUCUAGGUCUCACUCAAGGUCAAGGUCAAGAUCUCGAUCUCCAAUAUCAUCCCGUGCUCAGCGCCGACUGAACCGGUCUAGGUCGAGAAGCGCAUCUGUUUCCCGUUCCCCUUCUGUGAGAUCUGAAUGAAGCCGAUCCUUUGACACCAGGGACCGCUACUGAAGAUCAUGCUUAUGUAGCGUUUUUAGAUGUUUCAAGCAUCAGAUAGGCCCCGAGAUAGGAACUUAGCUUAACUAUAUAUUUUAUCUUUGAUAGGAUUAAUUAUGGAGCGCUUUCUUUGGGAAGUGGAUGAUGUUUAACCACUGAACUGAUGUCGUAUUGCAGAUCACACUCUUGAGUCCGAGUGUAAUAGUUCGACUGAACUGAAGCUAUGUCGUAAACUAAAUUAUUUACUUUAAACUUUUCA